AAGAACCCCUCAACGCGGUCACACUAAAAUUGUUUACAAAAUUGCAAGGGAAACAUAAAGUCUGAUAAUUGUAAAUUAAAAUCAGCGCACCAACAUGUUUCUGUCCAUCGCCCCGCCCCUAAUGGACUUCGAGGACGAGCUGCUCUGGAUAAACCAGUCUAACAGCGACAAGGUGGAGAUCAUCUACGACAAGUCCAACUACGUUACCCCCAACACAAAGCACCUCAUCGAGCAGGCUUUCCUCCAGCCACUCAGCCUGCAGAACCAACACAUCCUCUUCGACGACCUGCUGAAGCAGAACACGGACAUUGCGCGCCAAUAUGGACUGACCCCGGACAAGCUACCUCUGCUCGUGGAAAAGAAUCCUCUGAUCUCCAUUGAGAUCCUGCUAAGACUGAUGACGACCUCCGACAUAACUGAAUACUUCAACGUGUUGGUCAACAUGGACAUAACACUUCACUCCAUGGAGGUGGUCAACCGAUUAACCACCUCCGGACCUUUGCCCACUGAGUUUAUUCACCUGUACAUCAGCAAUUGCAUCUCGACUUGCGAAACAGUCAAGGACAAGUACAUGCAAUCUCGCCUGGUGCGACUCGUUUGCGUAUUUCUGCAGUCCUUGAUUCGGAACAAGAUUGUGAACGUUAGGGAACUGUUCAUUGAAAUCGAAGCCUUCUGCGUGGGUUUUAGCAAAAUCAAAGAGGCUGCUGCCUUGUACCGGCUCAUCAAACACUUGGAAACAGGGGAGAGCGCUCUGUCGUCCAACUCCCUAGCAAAGUAGUGGUACUGUUAAGCAGCUUUUAAGUUUAAAGUCUAGUUCAUAAUAAAUCAAAUAAAAGGAACAACUCCAGCUGUA